CAAAAUGGGCAGUCUCUGUCUCGAGCGCCGGAAGCAACCGGACGAUCCCCUCUCCAUUUCGCAGCAGCUCCACCUGUGCCUCCUUCCUCUCCUCUUCUGCGCGGCUUCAAAGUUUUCGGCUUUUGAGGGAGUUCUUGCUCAAUAUCCCGAUUUUUCUUUCUUUUUUUUCUCUGCCUCUGCGAGAAAUCGAGGUUUUGACUGUUGUUUUGGAGCGUUUCUUGGGAGUUCUUGAGCCCGGCUCGUCCUGUCCUUUCCAUGGGAGAUUAGAGGUUGCUGGGAUCUCUGCGAGUGAAGUGAAAGAUGAGCCUGAGUUUUGAUAUCAACGUGCUUCACAAAGAAGCAAGGAGCAGGUGGCUAAAGCCUUCUGAAGUCUACUAUAUCUUGCAAAAUCAUGAGAGGUUCCCAAUCACCCCUGAACCGCCAAAGAAGCCACCCAGUGGUUCUCUAUUCCUUUAUAAUCGCCGUGUGAAUCGGUAUUUUCGGAGGGAUGGCCAUGCAUGGCGGAGGAAGAAGGAUGGAAGAACUGUUGGGGAGGCUCAUGAACGAUUGAAGGUUGGAAAUGUUGAUGCUCUCAGUUGUUAUUAUGCUCAUGGUGAGCAAAAUCCAUGUUUUCAGAGGCGAUGUUUCUGGAUGCUGGAACCAGCAUAUGAACAUAUUGUGCUGGUACAAUAUCGAGAAGUAGGAGCAGCUGAGGGUAGAUAUAAUUCAGCAUCACUGUUGAAUGGGCCAACAGAUUCUCUUUCAGUCUUGAGUUAUCCAAAUGCUACAUAUGGAAACCAAUAUCUUGGCUCCACUUCUGGCGUUAGUGAUGGUAGUGAAUCACUCCAUUCUAAUUUGAGCUCUGUAACGGAGGUAAGUUCCUAUUCUGCAAACAAAGACAAUGGUAUUCUGCAAAGCAUACAGGAGCUCAGCCAGUCAACUAUAAUGGGUGCACCGGCGCUUGGCCAGAGUAGUCUGGAGCAAAGUAUUGAAGUUCGCUGGGUAGAUAACAGUAAUUCAACAAAUAAAUCUGGGCUCAACCGAGCUUUGAAGCAAAUUGUUGAGCAGUUAAGCUUGGGGGAUGAUGAGGAUGAUGACUACAUACACCAAGCACAGCCUUUUGACUUCAUUACAAAUAUUGAAGCUCCAGAUAGGCAGCGUGAUGCAAGCAGAAAUGUUUCAGGUGGCAGCCAAGCAAAACAAAUUCGAGCAGAAGAAAUGCAAAAUGGUUUAGGCAGAGGAAUACCAUCAUCAUGGGAAGAUGUGCUGCAGUCCAGUUCAGGUUUUCCAGCUCCUUCUAUAUACCAGUCAACUCCCCACUAUCCACAAAAUUCAGAAUAUCAACCACCAGGAAGUCUAUACAACAGUGAUAUGCAGCAGAUUUCUGCUGCUAAAAGAUUUCUUUUGGAGACAGAAGACUCUAUUGAUUCACCAUCUUAUAACUAUGUGCCCAGAGAAGAAGGAAACAAUGGCACUAAUACUCUUUCAGUUCAUGACUAUAGUCUUCAGAGCAGUCUGAACCCAGAUUGGAAAAAAACAGCACCUCUAACACUUCAAAGCAAUUUGUAUGGCUCUGAAAUACCAAGCUUAUUGUUGGACCAUGGUCAGUUUGAAUCAUUGUCCUCUGGUGAAAAUACAAGAUUGAUCUUGGGUCAAAACCCCCGGUUUAGCAUCCGUGAGGUCUCUCCAGAAUGGACAUACUGCUAUGAGAUCACCAAGGUCAUCAUUACUGGAGAUUUCUUAUGUGAUCCAUCAAGCUCAUGUUGGGCAGUAAUGUUUGGUGAUAGUGAGGUGCCAGCUGAAAUUGUUCAGGCAGGUGUUCUUCGCUGCCACACACCAUUACAUAGUAGUGGGAAGCUAACAAUCUGUGUUACUUCUGGGAAUAGAGAAAUUUGCAGUGAAGUCAAAGACUUUGAGUUCCGUGCAAAGUCAACAGCUUCUAGUUUCCUAGACAUUUCACCAUCAUCUAGAUCUCUGAAAUCUAGCGAAGAGUUGUUACUUCUUGCGAAAUUUGUAAGAAUGCUAUUGUGUGAGAAUGGAAGUCAUGCAAAUUCAAACGGUGAUCCUCAGUCUGUGCAGUGUCCAAAACUUAAGAUGAAUGACGAGCACUGGCAGCGGUUGAUAGAUGAACUCAAAGGAGGAUGUGAGAAUCCAUUAAACGUGUCUGAUUGGAUUAUGGAGGAGCUUCUUAAAAGUAAAUUGCAGCAGUGGUUAUCAGUUAAGCUACAAGGAUAUGAUGGCAUAGCCUGUUCUCUGUCCAAGCAUGAGCAGGGUAUUAUACACUUGAUCUCUGCACUAGGCUAUGAGUGGGCUCUGUCUUCAAUUCUUAGUGCUGAUGUUGGUAUAAAUUUCCGUGAUACGAAUGGAUGGACAGCACUUCAUUGGGCUGCUUAUUUUGGAAGGGAAAAGAUGGUUGCUGCACUUCUUGCUGCUGGGGCGUCUGCUCCAGCAGUCACAGACCCCACUGCACAAGAUCCAGUGGGAAAAACAGCGGCUUUCCUGGCUUCUGAACGGGGACACUUGGGCCUUGCAGCCUAUCUUUCAGAAGUGUCACUAACUAGUUAUCUUGCGUCGCUCACUAUACAAGAGAGUGAUACUUCAAAAGGAUCAGCUGCAGCUGAAGCAGAAAGAGCAGUAGAGAGCAUAUCCCAGAGGAAUGCCCAGCUGCAUGGUGGUACAGAAGAUGAGCUCUCGUUAAAGGACUCUUUGGCAGCCGUGAGAAAUGCAGCUCAAGCAGCGGCUCGAAUUCAGAACGCUUUCCGUGCCUUCUCUUUCAGGAAGAGACAACAAAAGACUGCUCGACUUAAGGAUGAGUAUGGGAUGACCCAAGAAGAUAUAGAUGAACUUGCAGCUGCAUCAAGGUCAUAUUACCAAUCUCUUCUUCCAAAUGGUCAGUUUUAUGAUAAAGCAGCUGUCUCAAUUCAGAAGAAAUUCAAAGGUUGGAAAGGACGAAGACAUUUUCUCAACAUGCGCAGGAAUGCAGUUAAAAUACAGGCUCAUGUAAGAGGCCAUCAAGUGAGAAAGAAAUACAAGACUUUCGUCAGCACUGUCAGUGUGCUAGAGAAAGUGAUACUGAGGUGGCGUCGGAAAGGACAUGGUCUACGUGGCUUCCGAGCUGAGCAAACAGCAAUGGCUGAAGCAGAAGAGGAUGACGAGGAUGAUGAUGAUGACGACUUCAAUGAUGAUGAAGCAGUCAAAGUGUUCCGCCGACAGAAGGUUGAUGAAUCUGUCAAGGAGGCUAUGUCAAGAGUACUGUCCAUGGUGGACUCUCCUGAAGCAAGGAUGCAAUAUCGUCGAAUGCUUGAGGAAUUUCGACAAGCCACUGCUGAAUAGGGUGCAUCAGAUGAAGCGGCAUCAACACUCGACAAUGAUUUACUAACAAGAAUCGACGACUUCAUGCACUGAAACAAUGCAUCAGACAAGGGGCGAUCACGGAGCUGUCUACAGUUAAUUAGGAAAUAGAUAGUCUGCAGCUAAUUUAUGACCUGAUAGUGUUCCGUUUGUACAGUCUUUGCCUGAUGGAUCUAUCUAAUGUUCUGAGUAAAUUAUUGUUAUUUAGGAACACUUUACAUAUGUAAUUCGAGGGGAAAUAAUAUAAUGUUCUGAGUACAUUAUUGUUGCUUAGUAGGAUUUGAUUAUUGCAUUCUGCCA